AGGAUCAGGCUAAGUACAGGGGUGAUGUUGUCAUUGACUGAGGGAAUUCUGUAGUUGAGCACAGUGAAUUAGAAGAGUAGAUCAGUAAGAAGGUGUAGAAUCUGGUCGGACUGGUCUGAAUGAGGCGCUCCAAGCUAUUUAUGUAGGGUGCAGAUAUUCCCAGUAAGCACAACUUCAGGCUACUAGCAGACGUGUGAUCUACUGGCAGAGACAGAGAAAUGAAGAGUCUUCAUCUGCUGCUAUUUUUGCCUUUUCUGGUGAACACAACCCAAGGAGAGAGUCCAAAAGGAGUGGUCCAGGUACGCCCAAAGCGGAAUAUAGAUCUGGCAGACAGUCUCCGACCACUACGCCGUUCCAAGAGAAGAUGGGUACUCACAACUAUAGUCUUGGAGGAGAACGAUUUCCCACCCUUUCCAAAGUUUGCUGGCAAUCUGUUCAACGACAGGGCAGAAAACUAUUCUAUCAGGUAUCUGAUCAGUGGUCCUGGGGUCGAUGAACCACCUGAAAUUGGUCUAUUCCAUAUCAAUGAUCAGACUGGUCAGGUAUAUGUCAACCGCCCGAUUGACAGAGAGAAGACACCUCUCUUUGUGAUCCGCUUCGAUGUAGCCGAUAGAGCAUCUGGAAUGAUAAUGGACAAAUCUCUGAUAUUUAAUGUAGAAGUAAAUGAUAAAAAUGACAAUGCUCCACAAUUCUCAAAAAGUAUUUAUGAAGUGCCAUUGAAAGAAACGGCAAAUCUUGAUAAUGCGGUUUUUCACCUCACAGCAACAGAUGAUGACAAGGAAGGCACCCCAAAUUCUGAAAUCACAUAUUACUUAAUAAACCAGAUUCCUGACAUUCCCAAUGUGAAGUUCAGAAUUGAUCCUAAGAAUGGGCUGAUUUAUGCACAAGGAUGCUUGAAUUAUGAGACCUCAAAUUUGAUCAGACUUAUUGCGGGUGCCCGUGACAAAGGAGCUGAAAGCUUGGCAUCCACAACUACCAUUAAUUUCUUGAUAGAAGAUGGAAACAACAAUAUGCCAGUGUUCACCAAUGAUAGUUAUCAGCUGUCUGUGAAGGAGGGAGAAAUAAAGGAUAAUUUGCUGCGGUUAAAAGUAGAAGACAAGGAUGUGCCAAAUACUCCAGCUUGGAGAGCCAAGUUUAAAAUAUUAUCUGGAAAUGAAAAUGAAAAUUAUAACCUGGAAACAGAUCCAAAAGCAAAUGAGGGGAUUUUAAGCAUUAUAAAGCCUCUGGAUUUUGAGGGAGACUCCACAAUGACAGUUGUCAUAUCUGUUGAGAAUGAAGAACCAUUCUACUCAUGUACAAAUACUAAACUACGGAUGGAUAAAAAAGUAGCUCAGAGCAACGUAACUGUCUCCAUCUCUGUGGUAGACUCAAACGAUGCUCCCAUAUUCAGUCCUAGAAGUAAAAUCAUCCGAGAAAAGGAAGGUCUGAAGGUGGGGUCUACUUUGGGAACUUUCACUGCAACUGAUCCCGAUAAGGUGCCAAAUAAAAUCAGAUAUAAAAUAGCAGAAGAUCCAGGCGGCUUUGUGACAGUGGAUGAAAAUACUGGAGUAAUUACAACAAUAAAAGAGCUGGACAGAGAGUCCCCUUAUGUUAACCAAACUCUGUACAAAGUGACUGUCCUAGCUAUAGAUAAUGGUGAACCACCUGGAACUGGAACUGGUACAGUACUUCUGUACAUGUCUGACAUCAAUGACAACACACCACGGCUGAUCACACCAUACCUGGAGACAUGCGAGCAGGGGAAUCGGACGUCCUUUGUCGUUGGAGCUGAAGACAAAGACCUGGAUCCAUAUUCUAAACCAUUUAUAUUUGAAGUCACAGAUCAGUCUAGAAAUAUGAAGAAUAACUGGCAAGUCAGACAAAACUCUGAUGAUUCUAUUGAAAUCGCAGCGCCAAGUCUCUUGAGGGGCAACUACACAGUACCCAUGAACAUUUAUGAUAGGCAGGGUUCUUUUAGCCAACAAGUCCUAAAUGUGAGAGUGUGCACCUGUCCAGAUGGACACACUUGUGAAAGGUUGAUGCCUGCAUCACACCAGAUGGGCGGAGGGGCCAUUGGUGCUAUCAUUGGAACUGUGCUUCUGUUUCUACUGGCUUUAUUGUUGCUCAUUUUUCUCUGGGGCUCUGGCAUAAAGAAACAUGCACACAUGCUGGCGCACGAUGAAGGCAACCAAACCCUGAUCCAGUAUAAUGAGGAAGGAGCUAGUGCACUGAGUCAACAGGCAAGCCCCGGUACUCUCAUCAGCAAUGGAAAUGGAAACCUUCCCCUUGCCACAAAGGAUAAGGAAGCAGUUGGACGAUCCAUGUCUAGUACAUUGCCACAGGCACAAUAUAAAUCCUGGGAACAUGAAAAGGAAGCAGUUCGACGACCCGUCUCUAAUACAAUGCCACGGGCACAAUAUCAGUCCUGGGAACAUGACGGUGCUGGGUUUGCAGGAUCUGGUACAAAGCGCCUGGUACAAAGUCAAGCCAUAACACAGAACAGCAAAUAUAUGAAAAAUGCAACGCUCAAGAACCGACAUGAAAAUGUUUUUGUAGAAAAAAUUGGAGAGAUACUGAGCCAUAGGCUGCAGAGACUCAAUGAUGCUGAGGAAGAAGUAACAUACAAGCCCCAGGUAUAUGCCUGUGAAGGGGAUAUGGAACCAUUUGACUCAAUGUCUUUCUCCUACUCAGAAGGCAACAUGGACUUUAGUUUCUUGGACGAUUUUGACCCAAAGUUUGCCAAUCUCGAGAAAAUCUGCCAGCAGUAAGAAUGGACUGUGGACUAGUUCCUAUGGCAUCUCUGCCACAUAUUGCACUGAGCAAAUUCUUGGGAAUGUAUUUGAAAGUAUCUCUUGUUAUUGCACAAACGCUUUAUUUAGUAUGGUGUUGAGGGUAAUUAUCGCUAGGCUGCAGAUGCUUUAUUAUAUGCUGUGUGUUGUACCAUUAGCACAUAUCCGAUGAGGGUUGACAGUUAUAGAACCUGCAAUUUCACUUUGGGGGCUUUGCAUUAUAUGGUAAAGGUGACAACUCAGGUAAUAGCUCUGCAAAUGGGUAUACUAGUGUACACAGACAGAUCCAGUGACUUGGCAGAGAUCACACGUGGCUGGCCAUAUUGAUCUGAUACCAACGUUCCUAACUUGCCUGAUUGAUAGGACCAGGUAGGGUCCAAUUACUGUGGAUGGCUAACACCGUAAAAUUUUUCCAAAUUAGUUACUGAUUAAAAUUGUUGGUAUUUUGGACCUCCAUAUACACAAAUGCUAACUUGUUCAACUCAAAGUUUACAUAAUGUAGUAAAAUCCUUUCGGAGUCAUAUCCUAUAACUCACACUUCUUAAAUUAUUAAAAUAAUUGAACAGCAACUUUGCAUUGUUCAUGGAUAAGAUACAGUAUUGCCAGAUUUCAGUGUAGAUGGUGACAGAUAAUUUAGAAAGGGCUUUCCUUAUGAUUGAAGUAAAAUGGCGUCACAUUCCGGCUUAACAAAGAUUGAAAUGACUAAUGUAUAUCUGUUCUGUAGCCAAUGCCGCUGUACAGGAUAAAGUGAGCACUGUGUAAUGGCACACACAAAAUAAACUGACUUACAGUACUAUUAUAAAACUUAUUGUUUAAAAAAAACAGAAAUAAAACACCAGUGUCAACCUCAGAAUUGAACCUAAUGUAUCUAGCUGACAAGUACUCCUAAAAAACAUCCUAGCUGAGGAUAUGGAUAACAAAUAGAUAGAAGUAUCAGGCUCAUACUGUAGAAACAUUUAAUUGCUCUAUAUAUCUACUGGAGUCCAAUCUGUAGCCAAGCCUUGCUUCCUGCUCUCCCUGAUGAAAGUGCUGCAGUUAGCUAUCUUUUAUGGCACCUUGUAAAACUUAAAGUCAGCAGAACUUUUUGAGUAAACAUUUUUGGCAAUCGCCCUCAGGAACCCUCACGCCUUGAUAGUACUUGGUAACGGAACUGGAAAGGCAAGUAACACAUUGGUCAGACUUUUUUUUGUAGAACUUAAAUGAACAUUAAUUUUUUUACUGCAUUGUACAAAAUGAAUCCUUUAUUUUGCUACCUGUACACAUUUAAGCUGUUGUAAAAUUUCAGACUGUACUUCUUCGCUUUUUUUGUUAUAUUAAAGAAAUGUUUGAUACAA